UUGCGGUGUUUAAAAUCGUUUAAAUGAUUUGAAAUUUUUUCUGUUUAAUUGUCUCUGACAAUACUGACCGCAACCGAGAUAUAAUAUCGGACAAAGCCUGCAGAAACGGUGAUGGCAACAUUACACCUGCUUACACAGCGCCGCGAGGAAGCUUGAAGUAUAUUAUUGUACGGAAUUUGGCAAGCGGAUGGUGAAGAUUUGAAGGUUAAUUGGCGCGCGAAGAUUAACCGGCUUCAACGAACACGAUGAUUGAUACGGAGAAGAAGGGCUGCAGGGAAUUACUGAUACAGCGGAUGACCUUGGCCGUCAUUACGAGUGUAAUGUUGCAAUUAUUUGUCGUCUGUUGCGUCGUUCUGCUCACGAAUCUCAGCACGGACUAUGCACAUUGGCUUGAGGAAACUUGGAUCAUUGUAAUGUCUCCUCGAAUGUGGGCUUAUAUCAUCGUUCUUACCAUGGUGACUUUUCUGCAGAGUUUUUUCUGUAGCAAGAAUUAUCUGCGUCCUCCACUGUACUACAAGAGCAGAUUUGCCAAGCUGUGUAUGACUCUUAGAAUUCAAAGCUUACUUCAGCGAGCAUUGUAUAUUGUUAUCGGUGGUAUCUUGGUCUGGUUACAAUUGUCGUUGAGGAAAGGAAGCUACAGCUCUUUGACUACAGACUCAAGCAAUGUAUACGGAACAUAUCCAGUGGAAGAAUAUUACUUUCUGUUAUUUAGCGGUCUAUGGAGUGGAUUGUAUUUCUCGUUUAAAACUGACAGUUUUGCUGAAAAAUAUUUCCAGUUUCCCAUUAUAGCACAGUCCAAAUUCUUUCAAUUAAGACGAAGAUUUUAUACAAUGUUUCCAACAUUGAUGAUUUCCUCCAUGUGGUCGACUCUGUAUUUCAUGGCUAUUUAUUAUUUCAUGGGAUCAUAUUUCCGUGAAGCGUUGUUGCCAAUUUCCAUGCAGAUGGAGGUCAAACCUUUGGACACUGUGUCUAGAUUAUUAAAUCUAUCACUGAUAUGGCAACUGUGGCUCUAUCAGUUUAUAUUUAUGCUGAUUACCAACAACACAAACACGCUAUUUGAAAUAUAUCUGACCGAAUGGGCUCCAUUCAAAUUUGGCUUGAGCGGUGCAUAUACUCCUGAUAGUUCAGAAACUACCCUUAUUGAUGUACUAUCAAUGGAUAAGAUACCCAUAAUGCAGCAUUUGGGUUACUUAGACUUGGUUACCUUAGCCCAAAAAGAACAAAUGAGAAGGAGUAUGUUGUUUACACUCAGUCAACCAGGUGGUCAUCCAUACAAUUGGAACUGUGUAGUACAAAAGAGUACAAACCUUCUCGAGAAGUUUUCAUUAAACCUCAAUGCGAUAUCUACAAAAUCUCAAGAUCAAUCCUGUUACAGCACUUUGACAGCAAGAGUUCCACCAGUUCAGCAAAGCAAAUAUAUAUAUCAUAUGCGGAAAUUAGUACCAGAUACAGCACCAAUAUCGGUAUCAGAAGAUGCAAGAGAAGUACCUUACAGUGGUUCAUUUAUUCAAAAGUUUAUCAAGCAGAAAAAAGAUGCUUUUAUAGCAUAUUUGUUGUCUAAGCCAUUUAUCAAUUACAUCUUUGGCGAACAAGAUGACAAUAAAAUUCGUUAUGCUUUACAAAAUGGACAACUGGUGAUUUGGGCAGCCGAAGCUAUUUCAUCUUUGACCGUCUUUUCGCUAAGUGAAGAUUCUUAUGGUAUUGUACAAAAAGAUGUGCCAGUUAUCAUCAACACUCUGUUGUCAGUGAAGCAGGCUCUGGACAAACUGUCAAAAUCAGCUAUGCUUGCAAGGAAAAUGCAAGCAGAUGAUAAAUUAAUUAGGGAAAUUUUUACAUCUUUACGAAGUACAAUAAAGCGUAGUCUAUAUAAAAUUGUUACAAACUUUGAACCAUAUAUUAAUGACUUGUCUCUCGAACUUCCAAUAAUAGAACAAUUGCAGGGCUUUCUUAAUUACAAGGAAUAA